AUGGAAAAUAAUAAUUCUUUAACAAUUAUUAAAAAAGCAGAUCCCAAAACAAAAAGUAAUGGAGAAGCUUUUCAAAUCGCAUUUGAUUCAAUGGAUAAAAUCAAAACAAUGUUAACUCAACAAAAUGAUAAAGAAAAAUUGGUUUUAAAAAAAUUAAUGAUCGAAAUGUCAAUAAACAAUAGUUUAUUAAAUGAAUUAUUAACAAGCUUUAGUACAAGGGUUAAUAUAAUUGAUGUGGAAAUAAUUGUAUUAGAAUCUCAAAUUAGUACAAUUGAAAGACUAACUUUGGAGAAUAAAAAAGAAAUUCAAUCAAAUGACCAAGAGAAAAUAAAAGAGAUAAGUUCAAUGAUUGAUAAACUUAUCGACCCCUUAUUGAAAAAUAUAGAUGGGUUAACAAAUAAAUUUACUGAAAAAAAUGUUAAUGAUGAAGAAUUAAAAAAGAAAAUCGAUGUUUUUUUUGAAAACUCCAAAAAACUAUUUCAAGGAAUUGAUAAAGCAGAAAAGUCUCAAUUUCUUACCAAGUUCUCAUCUUUGUUUGGGGUAAUAUCAGGAUUUUUAGGAAUUGGUAGUGUAACUGCGAUUGGAGCUACUGAAGCUGUUGGUGUCACGUCUCUGAUCGCUGUAGGAGCCACUUCACUAUCAGUUGUUGCGCCUAUUUGUGCUCCAGUACUUUUAACAUUUGGUUGCCUUGUUGGUGCUUUUAUUUCAUUUUACAAGCAAUCAGUAGCAAGAGAUAAAAAAUUGAAAACUUUAAAAUCUCUUCUUUCCUAUUAUAUGGAAAAUAUAGAACUAAUCUCCCAAGUAACUGAUGAAACAACAAAAUUAAUAUAUCAUGAAUUAAAAGAGAAGGUUCUUGAAUUCAAAAAGUUGGAAGCAAAUUUAAAAAUUGAUUUUGAUUUAUCUCCUAUCAAAGAUCAAUUUAAAUCAAUUACUUCAAAACAAAAUUUAAUUAAAGACAAAGUUGAAGAAAUUGCAAAUUAUCAAUUAGAUUUAAUCCAAGAAUGUCAAAAAUUAAAAAAAAAAUCUCUAAAAAAUAAAACAAUAAAUAAAAAAUAG